CAGUAAAUUCAACAUAAUUGUCAACAAAAUGAAUGUACGUUUCAAGACACUUAUUUUUAUUCUGACUAACUUCACAUUAUGCGAUUCUCGUUCAUACCCCAACUUUCGAUCAGAUUGCGGCAGGGAUGAGUUUGUGGAUUAUUGCAGCAAUGGAUACAAGAACGAAUUCCUUUGUCCGGAAGUACAACGUUCCCCAUGCAAAAAUGGAGAGAAGAUAUGCCGCUGUAGCCAUGCUUAUUACCGGAAGAAAGAUAAUGAAUGCGUCCUAAGAAGCCAGUGUGUUCCUCUCACACUGGGUGGAAAUAUAUUUGAAUCCAAUGCCACCUUAUAUCUAUUUGGAAUGUCAUGUGAGCUUAGUUUUGGCUCGAUGAUCAAAUGUAUGAAUUCCACAUUCACUGGGGAACACUCUGGUAUAAAAUCACGACGUGUUUCUUACAAGCAAGCUGUGAUUAAAGAUGAUUCUAUAACAUGGAAUAAUCGCCAUUUUGAAAUGAAGUUAACGGAAGAUAACUUCACUACGCAGCUCGUUUUCCAAGACAUUCCGAAGGCAUGAACGCAAUAUUUCGUUUCUUUACAGAAGGUAGUGCGCCAUCUAAAUUGCCGGCAUUAUUCGGAUUUUCGUUUUCAAAAGAUAACUGUUUCAUCAUAGGACAUCAAUUUAAAAUCCG